AUGGCUUUUAAAUUCGGGAACUUGAAUUCAUUGCCCUCUACGCCCGAAAGGGGCUCUCGAAAGCCUUCAUCUGGCUUCGAGUUCUCUGUAGAUCAUCCAUCAACUACUCCAAUCGGCCCUCCUCCACCUUCGUCUACCGCUUCCUUUACCCCUGCCGGCGAACCCUCUCCCUCGUUUCUACAGAGUUCCAUUGGGGCCAUGUCAAACAUUUCGAGCACGUCAAGCAGGCCCAAGGCUCCGAAUUUUGGAAGACCGAACCUCACUCAAUCCAAGUCCAGCUCUAAAAAGCGUACCAAUGCGCCUUUAGGAAGAUCAAUCCAGGGUUCUACUUCGAGGCUACCGUCUAACCUGAGCAAAGAAUAUCACGGGGAGGAGGAAGACGAUUACGACGAAGAUAACCAUGACGAAGAGGGAGACGAAAAACAGAAGAACAAGCGAGGAAAUAUAGGAAAGACUUACGGUUUGCUAUUUGAUGAUUCGUCUGACGGCGAAGACAACGAACCUAAUAACGCAAAUCCGCUGGAGGACGACGAUGAGGGCUCGGAAGGAAACGCUAUGGAGGAAGGCGAAAGUGAAGGAGAAGGCGAGGGCGAAGACGAAUACGAAGACGAAGAUGAUUACGAUGUGGAAGAGGACCUGCUGAGAGAAAUAGCCGGCACUGGACCUUAUGGCAAUUUAUCUGAUGGCGACGGCGAUAUGAUGAUGCUCACAACAGCUGCUGCGGAUGAGCGCAUCAGUAGAGAAGCUGAUGACAUCUUUCGCGCUUCCUCUAUGCGCUCUAUUAGUGCUCGAAAGCAAGAGUCCAAGUUUGCGACACUCGCAAACGACCUCUAUAGUCAAGCGCCAUUUGCAGAAGUAUCCGAACCGGACAACGUUAUCAUACAAACUGAAGAGCUCAUGAAUCGUCUCUAUGAUGAAGGUGUCGGUCCUGAAGACGACGAAGAGAGGCUGGACGAGACCUUGGCUCAGGCUUGCGUCAGAUUGGUUCAUGAGAUAUGGGGCCCUCACGUACAAGAGCUCCCGAAAUCCGACGACGAGCAUACAGCCAAGGUAGGACCAAGCCCUCACGCCCCGAAUUUUGAGAAAGCCUUUUACCUGGCUGUACUGGUUCUCCAGAUUCAUCAUACGCCGGCAAGGAGAGACGAUUUUGGAGAUAUCAAAAAUAUAGCCUUGCCUGCUGUUCUUUUUGAGUGGCAGCGCGCGGAACACAACUUCGACCCUGACCAGGUAAAUAACGUCCUACAGCAUCGCCCUGCGCCUGCGACCCACGGGCUUUUCUGGCAAGUCGUUUUUAAUGCUCUCGUGCGAGGUGACAUACCUGGGGUAGUGCAACUUCUCAGAAAGGCCGGCUGGGAGUCAGUCAAGAAGUCACCUCGGGGUGAACCCGUCUACAGUGGCCAAGUAUUAUCCAAUAUCAAACGCGUUGUCGAAGAUUUAUGCGUAGUCAUGGAAAUAUGUCCUGCGACAAGCAACGACAGCUGGGAUAUAUAUAGCAGUGACUGGACCUUGUUUCGUCUCAAGGCUAAAGCAGCUAAGGAAGCGCUCAUCGGUUUCACCGAAGGCAAAGAACGCGCACUCUCCUCGAGUCGAUUCGGUGAAUCCGAUUUUGCCGAUUCUGUAGCUGGACGACAAUCGCUCUCAGGCCUUGCUCGAAGGGCAGAAAGCAGAAUUCCUUGGGAUAUCUAUGAAAAUCUGCAGUCCCUUUAUGCAAUCCUCAUCGGAGAACCGGACGCUAUCCUUGCAGCCGCGCAAGACUGGUGUGAGGCUACGAUUGGCUUAUUCGCGUGGUGGGAUAACGGCCACAACAAGCGGAACCUUGGACUGUCUCAUUCAAGAUCCCUUCAAUUACCUGGCGAGCCCGAGUCGGGUGACGAUUUCCUUGACCGUCUUUCGCUUUCCCUGCAAACUGCUACACGGGCUGAUUUCCACUUCAACUCGGCUGAUCCUGUUGAAGUAGCCGUUGCCUGUGCAUUUGAGAGUAACAUCGAAGGCGUCAUCGGAUUUCUGAGAUUAUGGUCACUCCCAAUAGCGUCAACAGUGGCCGAGAUCGCCUCGUUAGGCCGAUGGCUCCCUCCUCAAGAGCCUCAAAAUCUUAUUAACAUGCAAGAUUUCGACAUGGAGGAGUUGGAAGUUUUAGGGAUGAAACAGAACACAGAAACCGACGAGAAAGAUGGAAUCAAGGAUACUACACUAAUCCAUUAUGCGCGCAGCUUGAAGGAUCGCAAAUAUAUAGCAGGCACUGGUCUACAUGGUAAAGUCUCUCGGGAUGGAUGGGAAAUGGGUGUCCAAGUUGUUGGUCGAAUGGACUCCCCCGAGCGGUCUGAGCAAUUAGUACAGGAAUUGCUGCAGAGCGUCCUCAGUACCAUCGAUGAAUUUUCUCGUGAGACCGUCGACAAGAUAUGGCGCCUGCUAAACGAACUUGGCAUGAUCAAUUUUGCUGAAGAUACAGCCGAGACUUUCGGAGAUAUCUUAGCAAAAGAUACUUUCCGCUUUGGAGAAGCCCUAUGGUAUUACUCUUUGGCUCACCGGCCUGGUAAAGUUCGCGAUGUCCUGAAUACACUGAUGUCCAUUUCACUCGUGGAAUCUACAACUUAUCCGCCGGAGAGCGAAUUAGACAGCACCCUAAAGCAAUUACUGAAGGAGCGAACAGCGACGUUAGAGAAGUUUGCGAAGCAGGAUCUCGAAGCGGCGGAACUCCUUGGUAAGAUGCUCAGCGGGUACGCUACACUCAGAAAAUUCUACGAGCUUCGUGAUGGAGACAGCAAAACAAACCCCAAAUCGUUGGUGCGUCGCCAACAGGCUGCCACUGCUCUGGUAGCUGUCAUUGCUAGUGCCGAUGACAAUAUUCGAGGAGGCUUAUACGAUGACUCGCGCGACGCAGUUGUCAGUGAAGAUUUCUUAUUAGCACUGCUUGGGGAAGCAUCCGUCUUCGUGGGUCAAUCACCACCUGUGAUUACUCUUGACCAGAUCGAUACGCUUCUCAAAGCGAUCGAAGAUAUUCAGACUGUUGGCUCGCGGGUCUACGAUGCUGCUGAUGAGUUCUUCAAACUAGUCCUCGCAUCUGGACAUGGAAAAGGGUCCACGCCUGCAGACCUUCUCAAGCAAUCUACGUCUUCCUUGGGUGGCAGUUUUAUGAUGACUGGCAGUUCCAUGAUAGCAUCUCAGCUUCAUCAGUCGGUAAUGAAAAGCGGGGUCAUCAAGGGUCCCAUCAAACGGACGUGGGAUUGGAGAACAGGAGUGUUCUCUGCGAGCAGCUCCGGAGACGUGCUGAAGCAGAUCAGACUGGGUUUAACAAGAGAUCUGGCUAACCUGUGGUUAGAACAGGCGGAUAGCGUCAUCUUUUAA